GAUCCUCCCUCACUCCCGGACGCAGCGGGCGGCAGUGGCGCUGCGGCGAAGUGGCGAAGCGAACGUCUGCGUUAAGAUAUCGCCUCUGCCCGCACCAUGCGAGCCGCUGCUGUGAUGCCGCUGGCAGCCUUGCUGGCGCUGGCUUCUGCGCGCUCUGACCACGAUUUUGAGUUCGACGAUACCCCGGAGGCGGAGUCACGGCGGCCGCGUCGUUACAUCUACGACCCGCACAACGAAGUGUGCAGAUCGCUGGUGUGCAAGAAGCGCGAGGUUUGUCUGCUGCGAGACUCGUAUACUGCCUUCUGCGCCAAUAAGAAGGAUGUCCUGCGCCGCGGAGACGUCAUAGUAUCGGCGGUCGGCACGGGCGGCGGGCCCGACGAUGAGGAUGUGUUCUACGAGUCGCGCACUCUGCCCGACCAGCCCGAAGUUCUCGACUUUUCGGUACCUACUACCAAAAACGAAAGGUGCGUUGGCUGCUCGGGCGUCUCCCGCGGUGGCUUCUUAUGCGGCUCCGACAACCGCACGUAUUCCUCGCUCUGUCGGCUCGACCUUCACAACUGCGUGCAUCGUCCGCGCCCUCCCGUGCGCCUCGCUUGCGCCGGCUUCUGCCCUUGCCCACACCGCAGCGGCGAUGAGACUGCGCGUAUGAUCGUUCCGCGUCCGCAUCGCACGCGUCCACGCUCCGACGAGCAGGAGCGGCGACGGCGACGGCUCGAGGUGCGUACCAACGAGGUGAUGUUGCCGCGGCGUCGACCCUCGCCACCGCCGCAGACUUGCGCGCUCGACAAGAUGGCCGACCGCCUUCUCGACUGGUUUUCCGUCCUGAUGGAACAGGCGGGUGCGACGCCGCCGCCGCCGCGCGGUUUCGGAUCGGACUGCAAGCCCGAAGUUCGCUGGAUGUUCCGUCAUCUCGACUCUGCCGGUGACGGCCUCCUGCAACCUGACGAUCUAUAUGCGCUGAGUCACGAUGAGCGCGAGCGAUGUCUACGUCCUUUCCUGGCGCGUUGCGGCCUCGGCGCGGGCGGCAUCGGUCGAGCGGCGUGGUGCGGCUGCCUGCGAGGCGCGUCGAGACCGUGCGCUGCGUGGGCGCGUGCCGCUCGCGGCCGGGGCCGAGGCGCCUACGUGCCGGCCUGCGACUCCAGAGGUUUCUACCGCCCGCGUCAAUGCCACGCCGCUCUAGCCGUCUGCUGGUGUGUGGACGCGCACGGCCAGGAACUGCCCGGCUCGAGGACCAAAGGCGCGCCCUCGUGUCCAGGUGAAGUCGAGGAAGGUGAUGAGGGCGCCGAAGGAGCUCCGGCAGACGACGAGGACGAAGGCGGUAGCGGCGAUCGAGAGCCUGAUUUGCGUUACUGAGCGGACGAUAUAAUUCUUAAUCGGUCGUUAAUAGCGAAUUAAGUGUUUAAUUAUGUUUUAGAGACUAAGUAAUCUAUUAUUAAGCGAUACGGCAGUUGUAAGAGUUGAUCGUGCCCGACCGACAAUUCAUCGGUGUCUUCUUAAAACCCCACUAUAUGUAUUUACUUCUAACCCAAUCUAGCUAAAUAAACAAUGCACCGGUUUGGGUUACAAUGUAAAUAAAUUGGUAUUGAUAACGCUCUUAAAUUUUAAGUAUGUGCCUACAGAAUACAACAGAACUAAGUCUUUAAAAUUAACCCAUAUUUCAUAUACAAUAAGGUACAAAUACCUAAUUUUACAAAAAAGACUAGGUCUUUCAAUUAGAUAUAAUAAUUACUAAGAUAUCUGAUCAUAAAAAAAAUCCUAUCUAUGAAGAUACCUAUCUCCUAUAUAAUUUUAUUAUAUUAAAAAUAUUGUUUUUUAAACCACCCUCAUGUCAUGCAACUUUAGAUUUUCAUAUGUACUACUUUAAGUAUCUGCGAGCAGUCCACUUAAUAUUAUCUCUUGUAUAAUUAUAUUCUCAAUAAAAACUUAUUGGGGCCUAAAUUACCUUAAAAAUUUAUUGACAGAAAUAAAAAAAAUCAUCAGGGGCUGCCUAUAUGGGGUAUAUUUAUGCCUAUCAUUUAGAUAAAACUUAAUCAAUUGUGAUGUCUAAGAUAACAAUGAGGUUCUAAGAGGUGUGGCUCUGAAUUAAAAUGUUAUUAUGAUAAAUAAUAAUAUAAUUUUUUGAACAGUAAUUGGUUUUAUAUUAGGUAAAUAAAUAAUUUAUGAAUUUAGAUAUUAGGCAGUUUUGUCAAAAUUCAUGCAUAAAGCAUAAUUGCAUCCAGGACAUUCUACAUAAUUAUUUUUAAAAGAUGUAUUGUAUGUAUUGUUAUAUACAUUCCAUACAUUUGUUUGUAGGAAAUCCUAAUCUCAUAUCUUUAGUUUAGCCACGAGAUUAUGGGUAGUAUAAUAUUAAUUAUAAAGAUUUCGGCUUCAUAAAAUUAUGUAUUAUUAACUAAGCACUCUAGAAAUUCAAAGUAAAAUUAAUUUAGUAAAUAGGAUAUAAAAGUAACCCCUUUAGGACAAAGUAGUGAUAGGCUUAUGCCUAUACAGAUCCCCAUGUAGUAACACAAAGAAAAGGUUAUUUGCACUUUUUUAUUCUCACCAUUGCAAUGUUUUCAAAUAAUUAAACAUGUAUUAAUUACUACCUUUUUUUUCAAUUUUUUUAAGGAUGCCUAUUUUGUUUCAUUCCCUAUACAUAUCUUCUGAACAUUUAUUGUAGUUACAUAAGUAACACAGCUGAUGACUGCAUGGAUGUGUAGGAUAUCUAUGAGAGUGAGUAAGGAUUAUCACACUAAUAAACUAGCUAGAUGAUGAUUCAUAGAUCUGAAUGACAAAAUAAUUAAAUAACACAACAGUAUAUAUUUACUAUGAUCUUUGUAGGUUAUAAUAUUAAGAUGUUUUUCAAUUAAAAUUAUAAGAAAAGAAUUACCAUUACAUGCCUUUUUAUAUGUUCUUCACAGAAAUUAUAUUUUUAAAUCUUCCUGGUUCCAUUUAAAUCGUAUGUUGCAGUAGGACAAAAAGAACCAUCUUUAUUUAUUCUUCUAAACCAUUUUAUAUUUAAUAAAAUUUGAUACCUUAAAAUAUACUGUGGCGCUUACACAUUGAUACAGAGAUUUAAUUUAAAUAUAACAUGAAAAGAUAAUGAGUAAAAUUAACGAGUCAGAAGACUAUAGUUGAACCUUAUAUUUACAUAACGUCCGUUAUAACAUCAAUAAAUCUAGGGAACUAAAAUGGUAAUUGCACUGGACUGGACUGUUCACUCGGCCGCGCCUUCUAGUUCCUCCUUGGUGAACUUAGUGUUGUAGAAUGGAAUAUAAGCACAAAUUACUUUCCAGUCGGUGGCAUACACGAUGCCUGCAGCUGCAGUGCCUCCGAACGCCAUCAUCGAUGGUAAAUAGCUGGCUAAAACAGAAACGUG